CACCAUUUUCAAAGACUCAGGUCCGUAUUACAGAAGGCUACUCAAGUCCAGUUUGAUGUUAAAUCACCUGAUCAUAGUUUAAAUAUUGAAUCUGCACUUGAGGGUCAUUCUUAUUUCAGAACAUUACUUAAACUUCACUCAGCUGAAUCGAGAUUCAAAUCGCGUCUCAAGCAGAGAAUAUGUCUUGUCUAUGAAUCAGACUGUCUUCGUUUACAAAUGUAUCUUUCCCGAAAUUCUGGUUCAACAUACGCAAAAUAAGAAUUUAGUUUCAAACCGAAUUAAUAAUUAUAUUGUAGUUUUAAGACAAUAUUAGCUUUUUACCCUUCGAUUUUAUUUAAAAACCUUAAUUUCACGUGGCAUAAAAGUAUUAAAGAAUGUGAAGUCGGAUAUAAUAUUUAAAAAUUCAAAAACACAUUGACGUGUUCCUAGAAUGGAAUGUUUUAUAGGUAUAUCUGUGGUGGUAGAGAUUGACACUUGACAGAAUAAUUUAAAUACAGUUGUUGAUUUUUGUAAUCAAUCUAUUUAGUGUAACUUAAUUGUACUUCUCUUUUUUAUUAUUAUUGUUCUGUAAAAUGUCAGGAAGAAAGAAAAAUUUUAGUGUUUUGGAACGAAAUUUAUUAAUAGAAACUCUCAAAGAGUUCAAAGAUGUUAUAGAAAAUAAAAAAACAGAUAGUGUAAGCGCAGCGAAGAAGAAGUCUGCUUAGGCGCAUAUUGCGGAAAAAUUCAAUGCCUCAUCUAUGAUUAAUGAGCCUGCGUCAGGAGAACAAUUAAGGCGUCUUUGGCAAAAUUUGAAGACCCGGCAAAGAGAUGCUCUCACAAGAGAGCGUCAACAUAGAAUGGCCACUGGCGGUGGUGGUCCCUGCCCUGACGCUGACAUCGACCCAAAUAUAGCCGAGAUAUCUCCCGCUCUCUUCGUGGAAAUACAGAAUACUUUGGACUCUGACCAUAUUGAGGUAGAAACUGUUCAGGAAACAAGUAACAUGGAAACAGAUGUAACCGCCACUGUUCCUGAUCCUACAUCCAAUCCAAUCAUUUCACAUAGUGAAAUUCAAUCUGAUGAACCUAGCUCUGAAUUUUCAUCAAAUGAAAAAAAACUGCGUGUACAAAUUUUAAAAGCAGAACACAUCAGCAGAGAAAAAAGAACAGAAGAAUUACACAAGCUCCAAGUAAAAUUUCUGCAAGAAAAACAUGAUGUAGAAAUGCAAAUUAUGAAAGAAAAAUUAAAAGAAGCGAAAGCUAAAGCCGAGUCAGCACAACAUCACCAGUGAUAUAAGUCAUUUUAAUGUAUUUUUAAUGAAGAGAGAUCUCCGCAGAUGAGCCUAUAGCACCUUUUAUUUGUUGUGUUUAUUUUACAGUUGUUGAUUUUUUAUUAAUUAUGCUUGUUUACGAUUGUUAAAUUAUUUGUAU